CAACUACUGAUGACUGAUGAUUUACGAUUGCAUCGCGACAAUACCUUCCUUUCCACCCGUGGCCGUGAAAAUUUCCUAGAUAUCGAUCUAGCCUCCCAACUCUCAGACCCUGCCCGAGGAGAUUGAACAUCAAAUUCAUACAAGUCACCGCUUCGUGCCAUAAUCAUGGCUGGUAAACAGGCGACCGCCAAUCCGCUUGUCAUCGGCGGCAAAACCCUCGACUCUGCCAACAACGUACAAUUACACCCCAUUGUUCUCCUCACCAUUUCCGACUACAUCACGCGACGGACAAUACGACAGCAGUCUGGUGCUAUCGUUGGUGGGAUCAUUGGUCAGCAAAAUGGUCGCGACAUUACACUUGAAAGCGCAUACGAGUGUCGUCUCGCCGAUGCAGACAAUGAAGCUUCUCCUUUGGACGGAGACUGGUUCCUAGAACGACUGUCCAUGUUCAAGGAAGUUCACAAAGUCCCUGCUUUAGAUCUGACCGCCAUCUUCAUGAUCGGGCCAGUAGAAGGACCACAACCUGCACAUCUUGCUAUUCUUCAGCAAGUGCAGCAACUCACCUCGACUGACAACACAUUGCUGUUGCUAUUUCACCCUGAUCUUGUCGAGAAUCUGGCUGGUGGAAAGCUGCCCAUCAGCCUGUAUGAGCCGGUGCAAGAUCAGGAGGACGGACAGACACAGACUCGUUUCCGCGAGUUGAACUUCGAGAUUGAAACGGAUGACGCAGAAAUGAUCAGCGUAGAUUUCGUAGCGAAAGGCGCGGCCAACGCAACGGCAGUACCAAGAGCAGGAGAUGCGGGAAGUGCAAAUGUAUCCAAAAAGGUCAAAGGAAAGGGCAAAGGGAAGGAGACGGAUAGCGAAGAGCCAGAGGCCGCGAGUACCACCGCUCCGCCUGUGUCUACACUGUCAGCUGAAGACGAAGAGCUUAUAUCGUCCCUGAACGCCAAGGUCAACGCGAUCAAAAUGCUAGACGAACGCAUCACUCUCCUCCGAAGCUACCUCGAAAGUCUCCCGAAGAGCCAUCUUACCUCACCAGAUGAGCCAGCGUCAACCGUUGCACAGAACGUCGGCGGUGGCGACGACAGCGAAACUUCCAGCAUAGGCGCAGCAAUCAACCACCCUCUCCUCCGCAGCAUGAACGCUCUUCUCUCGCGGCUGCCACUCCUCGCGCCUCCUCCUCCAUCCUCAACCAGCGACUCCACCGAUCCUACACAGAACAUCACCGCUCUCGCCCACGCCAACAUCCAACAAACGCAAGACGUCCAACUCACUGCCCUCCUCACCCAACUCACAAGCUCCGUCGCCGACGUCCAGGCGCUCGCCGAGAAAUUCAGCACUGUCCAACGCGAACGGACGAACCGCGAUCGAGCCAGUCAUCGGGGUGGUGGACCAGGGCGUUAUGGCUCUGAUCUCGGAGGCGGACCUGGUGGACGUCGUGGUGGGAGGGGAAGCGGUGGCGAUGGUGGCGGUAGAGGUCUCAUGAUAGAGACAGAUGUUUACUAGGAAAAAGCAUCAAGCUCUAACCUCAUCGGACCGGAGCCGCUGGCAAAUCGGGAGUAGUUGUUUGAGGUCUAUAGCAGGCUCCGUGAUCUGGUCACAGCGGUGUCCAACAUCCUCCACGGGGUGCACAGGGUCGCGCUUUGCCGAUACGACGCUCUAGGAGGCUUCAAUAGUUGGCCAUCAUAGAUCGUCAAGAGGAACGAACGUCACGACUUUGAUGAUUACAAGAGAAAUGUAAAUAUCCGUUUGACUCCGAGAUUCCAAUCCAAGGGAGUUUCGUGAAUGGAUGACUCGAUGAUCAGUUUCUCCAUUAUGACGAUGAGAACCGAGAUUCUCCCAAGAGAAGAGAAAAUGUAAAGCUAACAUGCUGUAGAACUAUUCUUUCUAUUUGCAAUCCACCUGUGCUAUAUGUUCUUAUCGGAAUUAUGGUCGCAUGCCCGUCUCAAAA